UCAAAUUUCCAAACCUCAAAUGUUUAUCUAAAACCCCUACCCCUUGAAAACUAGAUCCUCUGCAAUCGAGAAGGCUUUGCAGAUUUCUUCAGUUUCCAUAAGAAAAAUGGUGAUUGUAACAGGUUCAAUCGCUUCUUGUUCCAAGGAUCAUCAAAAAAUCUAUCAACAAUGGUUCAACUAUGUCGAUUCAGAUGGUGAUGGUCGGAUAACUGGUGAUGAAGCAAAGAAGUUUUUUGCUACGUCGAAUAUUGAGAAUCCUGAACUUAAGCAGGUUUGGGCAAUUGCAGAUUCCAAGCGUCAAGGAUUUUUAGGUUUUAAAGAGUUCAUCACUGCUAUGCAGUUGCUCUCUCUGGCACAAGCGGGACAUGAAUUAAAUGCAGAUUUACUGAGAACUACAGUUGAUGCAGAGCUUCUAGAACCUCCGGUGAUGGAAGGUUUGGAUUCACUUCUUGUGAAGCAUAGGGAUUCAAGAACCAAUGGUGUCCCUGAAACAAAUGACAUUUUGACAGUGCAACAUGUGCCACCAAAGAAUUUUUUUGCCUCAAGACUCCGUAAGAAGACAUCUUGCCACGUAUCCCUUGAUAAAGUCACAUCUAUAGUUGAUGGAUUGAAGAGAUUGUAUAACGAAAAGCUAAAGCCAUUAGAAGUUGCUUACCGUUACAAUGAUUUUGCAUCUCCUUUAUUGACAAAUAGUGACUUCGAUGCGAAACCUAUGGUAAUGCUUCUUGGUCAGUACUCAACUGGGAAGACAACAUUUAUCAAGCAUCUUCUUAAAUGCAACUACCCAGGAGCUCAUAUUGGCCCUGAGCCUACAACGGACAGAUUUAUCGUUGUUAUGGGUGGGCCUGAUGAGAGAAGUGUACCUGGAAACACCAUUGCUGUACAGGCAGAUAUGCCGUUCAAUGCACUCACUACUUUUGGAGGAGCAUUUCUAUCAAAAUUUGAAUGUUCUCAAAUGGCACAUCCUCUUUUGGAGCAUAUCACAUUUGUUGACACUCCUGGAGUUCUAUCAGGAGAGAAGCAGCGCACACAAAGAAGUUAUGACUUCACCGGGGUGAUAAAGUGGUUUGCAGAAAAAUGUGAUCUUAUUCUCCUUCUCUUUGACCCUCAUAAACUUGAUAUAAGUGAUGAAUUCAAGCGAGUGAUCUCGUCUUUACGUGGUCAAGAUGAUAAGAUUCGUGUUGUACUUAACAAGGCAGACCAAGUUGAUACUCAACAAUUGAUGCGAGUUUAUGGUGCAUUGAUGUGGUCACUUGGAAAAGUACUCAACACACCCGAAGUGGCGCGCGUUUACAUUGGAUCAUUCAAUGACAAACCAAUCAAUGAAGAAUCAGUUGAUUCCAUGGGCAAGGAGCUUUUUGAAAAAGAACAGGAUGACCUCCUUAUAGACUUGAUUGACAUUCCAAAAAAGGCUUGUGAUCGUCAGAUCAACGAGUUUGUUAAACGUGCUCGAGCUGCGAAGAUACAUGCUUACAUAAUCAGCCAAUUGAAAAAAGAAAUGCCUACCAUGAUGGGCAAAUCUAAAGCUCAGCAGAAGCUCAUGAAGAAUCUUGAAGAUGUAUUCGCAAAGGUUCAAAGGGAGUUUCAUCUACCAGCGGGUGAUUUCCCUGAUGUGGAGCAUUUUAGGCAAGUUCUGGGUGCUUAUAACAUCGACAAGUUCGAAAAAUUGAAGCCAAAGAUGAUUCAAGCUGUGGAUGACAUGCUUGGAUAUGAUAUUCCAGAUCUCCUGAAAAACUUUAGAAAUCCUUAUGAUCAAAAAUAGGUUUGUUGGUUCUUUUGGGAUUAAACCUUUUAUGAUGGAUUUCUUAUCCAUUUUCUGUUUUCAAUUCGUUGUAUUUUUCUGAAAGUUUUGCCAUUUUCGUGAUGGGGCUUUGAAUGGAA